GCAGGCGCCCAGGCGUUGGAGCCGCUUUCUCCCUCCUUGGUUCCUCCCCAACCUAACAUAUAAACUAUUUCCGAGCAGCUGUGCUUGCUCUCUUCGUCCCUCCUUUGCAUUAAGCUCCGUGUGCUUCCUCCUUCCUCCGGUUUUCCCUUCACCCUCGCACCGAUCAUGUCGACAGAGCCAAUAUACGUCGACUUCUCUUUGCCCCUUGCCGAGCUCCUCCGCGAAGGCACCGCCAUCGCACAUGAAGAGGCAGCGAAGAGCAAGGGGCGACGUGGAUGGUCCGAGGCGAGCUCGACAGGGAGGAGUACAUCCGGUUCCUCAUGAUGCUUUGGCACGUAUAUGACACGCUCGAGCUUGGUCUUGAGCGGCAUGCGUCACACUCAAUACUUUCGUUCACCCACAACCCCGCUCUGCUGUCGCGCGCACCGGCUCUCUCUUCCGACAUUGCCCACUUCUUGCAGACAGCGGACUGGCAGAAUCACCCCUUGCACGUGGAGCUCAUGAACGAUCCUCCCGCCGCCCUCUCGCAAUAUCUGGAACGUCUGAAGGAUAUAGCAUCGUCUGGAGACCCCUCUCCCCUUCUCUCACAUGCAUACGUGCGCUAUAUGGGCGACUUGAGCGGAGGCCAGGUCAUUCGUGGCAGGGUCACCAAAUCAUACAGCCUUGAGGAUGGGUUAGGCGUGUCUUUCUUUGAUUUCAAGCCUCUGGGAGGAACAGGGACCGCAACCAUUGGCGAGAUGAGGAAGAUCAAGGAAUGGUAUCGCGAGAACAUGAACUCCGCUGUCGGUGACAAUCAGGACCUGAAAGCGGACAUCGUCGAGGAGGCGAUCACGGCGUUCGAGCUCAACGGUGGGCUCUUCGCUGCCCUGCGGCCGCCAUCCUUGCCUUCGUUGGAGGUCUGCAUCCCCACUCUACCACCGUUGGGAGAACCCAUCACGCCCGUUGAUGGCAGCUUCAACAAACUAUCAGGAGGCGGUGGAUCAACGGUGCUGUACGAGUCAAAGGUGGCAGAGAAGAUGUAUCAGAUGUCCGGCGUCAUCGCGGUGGUCGCCGCCAUGUCGCUGGCCCACUUCGCUCUGGUUGUCGGCGGGUUCACGGGAGACCGGGGCAUGGCCAAGCUGGAGGCAUUGAGGAGCUGGUGGUUUGCUCACUAGGCGGAGCAUGUAAGGACGCGUUAUAUACAGACAUCUACAGGUUCCUGCCGUUGUACCAGCCUCGCACGAACGUCAUCCUGGAAUGAUACACGUCUGUGCUUAGUA